AUGGAGGCCUGUCGGCGAUCAUCUACUAAACCCGUUCAAUCUCUCAAGCCAGCAAAAACGAUUCCCUUAGAGGAAGAUCCUACCAAAGCCUCCGACGCAUUACCUCUUCCUUUGUAUAUAACCAAUGCGGUGUUCUUCACGCUCUUCUUCUCUGUGGUUUAUUUUCUUCUUUCCCGUUGGCGAGAGAAGAUCCGAACUUCCACUCCUCUCCAUGUCGUCACCUUUUCCGAGAUCGUCGCGAUUCUCGCUUUUGUCGCCUCCUUUAUUUAUCUUGUGGGAUUUUUCGGGAUUGACUUUGUUCAGUCUUUGAUUUUCCGACCAUCGACUGACGUUUGGAAUUCCGAGGACGAUGAUGAGGAAAAUGAAGUUUUGCUUCGUAAAGAAGAUGGCCGUAAAGUCCCUUGCGGCCAAGCUCUUGAUUGCUCGCUUCCUCCUCUGCCACCUCCGGCACCGAUUGUAACUACCCAGAAAGUGUUCAAUGAAAAGCCUGCGACAGUUACAACCGAGGAAGACGAAAAAAUAAUUAAAUCUGUAGUGGCUGGAACAACCCCUUCAUAUUCUUUGGAAUCCAAAUUAGGUGAUUGCAAGAGAGCGGCUGCGGUCAGGCGUGAGGCGUUGCAGAGGUUAACUGGGAAGUCAUUAUCAGGAUUGCCUUUGGAUGGAUUUGAUUACGAGUCGAUUUUGGGGCAGUGUUGUGAGAUGCCGAUUGGGUACGUGCAGAUUCCCGUGGGAAUUGCCGGGCCUUUGUUGCUUAAUGGAGGAGAGUACUCGGUUCCUAUGGCAACCACGGAGGGGUGCUUGGUGGCUAGCACUAAUAGGGGAUGUAAAGCUAUUCAUUUGUCUGGUGGAGCUACAUGCGUUCUAUUGAAAGAUGGAAUGACUAGAGCUCCUGUUGUAAGGUUCGGUGCCGCGAAAAGGGCAGCUGAACUGAAGUUGUAUUUGGAGGAUCCUGACAAUUUCGAGACUUUGGCUGUUAUUUUUAACAGAUCUAGUAGAUUUGCUCGACUUCAAGGUAUCAAAUGUGCCAUUGCUGGGAAGAAUCUAUAUUUGAGAUUCACUUGCAGUACUGGUGAUGCUAUGGGGAUGAACAUGGUUUCCAAGGGAGUCCAAAACGUUUUGGAUUUCCUUCAAACUGAUUUCCCUGACAUGGAUGUUAUUGGCAUCUCUGGAAAUUUCUGUUCCGACAAAAAGCCAGCUGCAGUAAAUUGGAUUGAAGGACGAGGCAAAUCUGUUGUCUGCGAGGCCAUCAUUAAGGGUGAUGUGGUGAGGAAAGUCUUGAAAACUAGUGUUGAAUCUCUAGUGGAGCUUAACAUGCUUAAGAACCUUACUGGUUCUGCUAUGGCUGGAGCUCUGGGUGGAUUUAAUGCCCAUGCCAGUAACAUUGUGGCUGCAGUCUAUAUAGCUACUGGCCAAGAUCCGGCUCAAACUGUCGAGAGUUCUCAUUGCAUCACAAUGAUGGAAGCUGUUAAUGAUGGCAAGGACCUUCACAUCUCUGUUACAAUGCCGUCCAUCGAGGUUGGCACUGUUGGUGGUGGAACUCAGCUUGCAUCUCAGUCAGCCUGUUUGAACCUGCUUGGGGUCAAGGGUGCUAGCAAAGAGUCACCUGGAGCAAACUCUAGAAUGCUUGCAACCGUUGUAGCUGGUGCUGUCCUUGCUGGGGAGCUGUCACUCAUGUCCGCACUUGCAGCAGGCCAAUUAGUCCGGAGCCAUAUGAAAUACAAUAGGUCCAGCAGGGAUGUUUCCAAGGCUUCUUCAUAGAAAACUCGUAAUGAGAUAUUGCUAAGGCUUUUCCAAGCCUGAAAUUAGUAUGAAGUUGCAGAUCCCAUGGUAUAAACCAAUCGAAGCAAGGACACAUCAUCUCUUUGUAAUAAGCUAAGGAGAUAUCAUCUCUUUGUAAUUUUCUUUAUUUAUAUUUUGUAUUUUGUAUUUUGUCUUUUCUUUCUUAUUUUUUAUUUAUAUUUAGGAAAAGAAAAAAAAACGAAGCCAUGUAAUCUGAGAAUUGUGUAAAAUGACAUAAUUGUUAAUUACUAUU